UUCACAGUGCGUGGAUGUGUGUGCGUGUGGACGUGUGUAUGUGUGUGUCAGCUGCCUCAUCUCUGUUGAUGUCGACUGGCUGCCACCGGGCCUGACGCUUAAUAACGGAAUAAAACACUCCCCCCCCAAUCUCUCACGCGGAGCCCCCUUCCCCGACAUCGUGACCUGACCCGUCCUGUUCGAAAUGAUGAGCCAGCCGCGACCGGGCGAGUUCAAGCCGCCUCCGGAGUGCCCGGUGUUCGAGCCCAGUUGGGAAGAAUUUGCAGACCCAUACGCUUUCAUCAAUAAGAUCCGUCCCAUCGCCGAGAAAACGGGCAUCUGCAAAGUCCGUCCGCCUCAGGGUUGGCACCCUCCAUUUGCUUGCGAUGUUGACAGACUUCAUUUUGUUCCUCGGAUCCAGAGGCUCAAUGAACUGGAGGCUCAGACAAGAGUUAAACUCAAUUUUUUGGACCAGAUUGCCAAAUUCUGGGAUUUGCAGGGAUGUUCCCUAAAGAUUCCCCACGUGGAGAGGAAGAUUUUGGAUUUGUACCAGCUAAACAAGUUAGUAGCGGAGGAAGGCGGAUUCGACAUUGUCUGUCGGGACAGACGUUGGACCAAGAUUGCCAUGCAGAUGGGCUUUGCCCCUGGGAAAGCUGUUGGCUCACACUUGCGAGGGCAUUAUGAGAAAACACUCUACCCCUACAAUCUCUUUCAAAGUGGUGCAAAUCUGUUGACGCCAGAGGCAGCUUCCAAACUGAUGCGUUUGGAGGCUGAUCCUGAGCUCGAAAAGUGUGUUCAAAAGCCUGUCCAUCCCGAGGAAAGUGCAGAGAGUAUGGCACAGGUUGACACCAAAGAGCACAAACCGCCCGAGCCACUUCCGAGGCAGCCCAUCCAGACGCCCAAUUCUUGCCCUAAUGCUCGCAGAGGAAAACGCAUGAAGUAUGAGUCUGUAUGUGUGAAGACCGAACCAGGCGAGCCAGGCGAGAAUCGUCCAAACUUGAGGAGGAGGAUGGGCUCUUUUGUUGCCAAGCCGGAACCAGAAAAGGAGAUUCCCAUUCAAGUAAAACUGGAACCAGUUGAAAUCAAGGAACCAGUUAUUGAGGAGGACAAAUUCAAGCAACGCUACAAAAAAUACCUCCCACCUCUUCCUCCGAAUCCAGUGGAUCUGGUGGUGUGUCUGGUUUGUGGCAGUGGGGGAGACGAAGACCGCUUGUUACUAUGUGACGGUUGUGAUGACAGCUACCAUACUUUUUGCCUCAUCCCCCCUCUGACCGACAUCCCCAGAGGAGAUUGGAGGUGCCCCAAGUGUCUGGCUCAGGAAUGUAGCAAGCCUCAUGAAGCGUUUGGCUUUGAGCAAGCUUACAGGGACUACUCCCUUCGGGCUUUUGGGCAAAUGGCAGAUGCAUUCAAAUCAGAUUAUUUUAACAUGCCAGUUCAUAUGGUACCUACAGAGUUAGUGGAGAAAGAAUUCUGGCGCUUGGUGGGAGCCAUCGAGGAGGAUGUUACUGUCGAAUAUGGAGCUGAUAUUGCGUCAAAGGAGUUUGGGAGCGGAUUCCCCAUUCCCAAUGGAAAAUUUAAGGUUUCUCCUGCUGAUGAAAAAUACCUCAAGUGUGGGUGGAACCUCAACAACAUGGCAAUGAUGAAUCCAUCCGUCCUCACACACGUGACAGCGGACAUCUGUGGAAUGACAUUGCCGUGGCUUUACGUUGGCAUGUGCUUCUCCUCCUUCUGUUGGCACAUCGAGGACCACUGGAGCUACUCCAUCAACUACCUCCACUGGGGGGAGCCCAAAACCUGGUACGGAGCGCCCGGGUUUGCUGCAGAGCAGUUAGAAGCCGUGAUGAAGAAACUAGCCCCAGAACUGUUUGAGUCUCAGCCUGACCUCUUGCACCAGCUGGUCACCAUCAUGAAUCCUAAUACCCUGAUGGCCCACGGUGUCCCGAUUUAUAGAACGAAUCAGUGCGCUGGAGAAUUUGUCGUCACGUUUCCCAGAGCCUACCAUAGUGGCUUCAAUCAAGGCUUCAACUUUGCCGAGGCAGUCAACUUCUGCACGGUUGAUUGGAUGUCUCUCGGUAGGCAAUGUGUGAAUCACUAUCGCACGCUACACCGGUACAACGUCUUCUCCCACGACGAGAUGGUGUGCAACAUGGCAGCAAAAGCAGAGACGCUCGAUGUGGUUCUGGCAUCUGCUGUCCAUAAGGACAUGGCCGUCAUGAUCCUGGAAGAGCAGGAAUUAAGGGGAAAAGUGUCAAAAAUGGGCUUAGUGCAGUGGCAGGAGGCAAAAUACGAUCAUCUGCAGGAUGACGAGCGACAGUGCGCCAAGUGCCGGACCACCUGUUACCUCUCUGCCAUCACCUGUCCCUGUAGCCCAGGAGUACUGGUCUGUCUGCAUCACAUCACUGACCUGUGCUCCUGCCCGGUUACCAACUACACACUGAAUUACAGAUACACACUGGAGGACCUGUUGCCCAUGAUGAAUGCCUCGAAGCAGCGUGCCGAACAGUAUGAUGCAUGGGCCUCACGCGUGUCAGAGACUCUGGAAGCUAAACUGGAAAAGAAGAAAGGCUUGCCAGUUUUUCGCACUCUCCUUGCUGAGUCUGAAGGCUUCCCUGAAAACGACCUUCUGCGUCGGUUGCGUACGGUCACCCAAGAUGCAGAGAGGUGCUCCUCAGUGGCACAGCAGCUGUUGAAUGGGAAAAGGCAAACCAGGUAUCAAUGUGGCGUGGGGAAAUCACGCAGCCAGUUGACCGUGGAGGAGCUUAGUUCGUUUGUGAGGCAGCUGUAUAACCUCUCCUGCAGCCUCACUCAAGCCCCCUUGUUGAAGGAACUCUUGAAUCGCAUUGAAGACUUCCAGCAGCACAGUGAGAAGGUCCUGGCCGAUGAUGCUCCCAGCGUGGCAGAGAUCCAGAGCCUGUUAAAUGUCAGCUUUGACUUUGACGUGGACCUGCCUGAGCUGUCGCGCUUGAGGGAGCGACUAGAACAGGCCCGCUGGCUGGAGGGAGUGGAGCAAGCCAGCGUCCAGCCCGCAAGUUUGACUUUGGAAACCAUGCGAAGACUCAUCGACCAAGGCGUGGGCUUGGCACCUCACUCGUCCGUGGAGAAAGCCAUGGCACAGCUUCAGGAGCUCUUGACGGUGUCGGAGCACUGGGAGGACAAGGCGAGCAGUCUUCUGAAAGCCAGACCGCCUCACUCCAUUGAGACCCUGAGUGCUGCAGCCGAGGAGGUUUCUGGCAUCUCCUCUCACCUUCCUAACUGCCUCCUUCUGAAAGACACCAUCCGAAAAGCUCUAGAGUGGCUUCAGGAAGCAGAGGAGCUUCAGGCUAAUGACCGUGUACUUAUGUUGGACGACCUAUCUGACAUGGUGCUACGAGGCCAAGCCAUUCAAGUUCAUCUGGAGCCCUUAGACAGACUUGAGACUUUAAUGGCAGAAGUACAAGAGUGGAAAGAAUCUGCUGCUUCCAUUUUCCUUCAAAAAGACACAGCCCGUACCCUGCUUGAGGCUUUGUGUCCAAGAUGUGAGGUUGGAAAUGAAGAUUCUCCCAAGAGGAAGGCCAAAAAAGGGAAGGAAUCAUCGAAGAGUAACAAGAAGAAAACUCUCAGGCUCAACACUGUCAGUGAUGUGGAGAAAGCGCUUUCAGAGGCCAAAGAUUCUGCCUCUGUCAAUGCGACUCUGGAGGCGCUGCGGGUCAGGGAGAUGGAGGCCUUCUGUCAUCUGAGAGUGGCAAACGAGUCAAAGCUCCUCCCCACUGCCGACUGCACCGACUUGAAAGUGUGCGUCUGUCAGAAGGCGCUGAUGGGAGCAAUGCUGCAGUGUGAACUCUGCAGGGACGCCUUCCACAGCGUUUGUGUCAGGGACCAAUCAGACCUCAGCGAGACACCGCCGUGGCUGUGUCCCCAGUGCCAGAGAUCCAGAAAACCGCCACUGAACAAAGUUCAGCCUCUGCUCGCAUCCCUAAGGCGAAUCAGAGUUCGACUGCCCGAGGGGGACGCGCUGCACCACCUGGUUGAGAGGACAGUUAACUGGCAACAUCGCGCACAGCAGAUUCUACAGUCUUGCCAUUUGACAGAACUGGAAAAUGGAGCCCAAACGCCCCCAAUUCUGACCCGUUGUGCAUCAGACCCCUCCGACACUUACACUAACUCUCAGGCCCCGUUUUUAACUCCAGAGUGGAACAAGACAAAUCAUGCUCAGACUGUCUUUUAUACCGAGCAGAGAUGCAUUCCACUGCAAGGCUUGAAUCAGGAUCUGGAGGAGCUGAUGGUGGAAGGUCUCCUCCUGCAGGUAUCACUGCCAGAAGUCCAGACCCUACACCAUGUUUUAUUGGACAGAGCCACGAGCCAGCACACAAUGUCUCCAGCGCGGGACGACACCAACAAACAUGUUCAGUUUCAGUCUCAGGGAAAAAAACUUAACCAGGAUACUAUUGGGAGGGACUCUCUAAUGGUGCCAGAGAAGAAAGCAAAAAGGCAUUUGGCUGUCAACGGAGAGCGCAGGGCAAGGGACAGAAAGCAUUCUCACAAAAGACAGAAGAUAAACCAAAAGGAAUUACAGCGCAGGCCAACCUCCAACUCGUCCUCGCCGCGUUCCGAUAUCUCACAGUCUGACGAGUCUGAUGAGGAUAUGGCCGCGUGUCCCGCGGAGAGAUGCCAGCUUCCUGAGGGAAAUGAGGUGGACUGGGUCCAGUGUGACGGCAGCUGCAACCAGUGGUUUCACCAAGUGUGCGUUGGCGUUACGACUGAAAUGGCGGAGAAGGAGGACUACAUUUGUGUCCAAUGUGCACUGAGCAACUCGUGCAUGACGGAAUAAAGAGACCCUCCUAAAUGACGGUUGUUUGGGGUACCAGCGGUUUCGCCCUCACCCUCGGCUCGUUUGUCCAGCCCUUUUGUAACAAUGGUGCUAUCUUCUCUCUCACUUGUCCAGAACUAUAAUUGUUUAGUUAUUUUUUUUGUAUUUUUACAUGCAUAAUAUAUAUAUUUACUUAUAAAUUGUGGCAGUCAAAAUGACACAAAAAAAAAAAAGCAGGAUGUAAUGUGUAUUGCAUGGAUGCCAUUACAUGGACGUAAAACACACUUCGAACACACCCAGUUAAAAUUUAAAUGGUUGAUCCAGGUUUAAUAUUUUCUUCUUUCGAGCCUCAUUGCAUGCCUAGCAAGAUUUUAUGAUAUUGGAGCCAAGGUUUUAUUCCUGUCCCCUCCCUUUUUAGUCAAGUGUUUAGUACAUGCAUCUUAAUUUCCAUUUUUUGUAGAAUAGUUUUAUUUAUCUGAGCAAUAAUUUCUGUCCAAUUUGACAAAUGGAUCUCCGGGGGAUUGUUGCUGUCAUAGCUAUGUUGUGAUGUACAGAAGGGGACUCUGUGCACCUGCAGCAAUGGCGUGAAAGAAAAGACUGCUCACAUGUACAGAUGGCAGUGUGUAACUUGGUAUAGAAUACUUGGUGUGGAAUUGGCAUAGUUUAUAUUGUGGAAUAAAUUCAUUUUGUUCUAUG